AUGGAGCAACAUCUCGAAUCAAUACCUAUGCAGGGCGACACUAAGAAGAAGGGCAUAUUAUCUUUCUUCCAGAACACAACUACGAUAAAGAGCAGUAAGUCUGUGAGAAAAGAGACGAAUGUCAUCACUUUAGAUGAUCCUAACGAGAAUGCCAGUGAAACUUUGAUGGAAACUGUCAAGCAUGAAACGGAAACAGGCACCACUAAAGUGUUUGCAAAUAAAAUGAACGCGACACCUGAGAAGUCCAAUGCUGAAGACAGCCUUUCAUCUUACAGAACAUCACCCAUCGAAAGUACAGGAUGCGACAGAGACGCUUACAAACAAAUACCUAGUGGAAAUUUAUCAUCUAUUGGGGCAAAAAGCAGAAGCUCUUCUCCAUGCUCCAAGAGGGAGCUUUCCACAUUGAAAAAAGAACAAGCUAAAAGGGAAAAGGAACUAAAGAAGCAGCAACGUGAAGAAGAGAAACACAGAAAAGAGUUAUUACGACAAGAAGAGAAGCGGAAAAAAGAGCAAAAGAUAGAAGAAGACAAACAAAGGCGUGCUGAGCUGAAGAAGAAAAAGGAGGAGGAAAGGCGCAGGAAAGAAGAAGCCAGAUUAGAAGCCAGGAGAAGGAAAGAGGAGGAAAAAUUGAAAAAAGAGGAGGAGAUCCGUUUGAAAGAAGAGGCCAAAGAAAGGGCACAAUCUCGUAUUGGUAACUUCUUUAAAAAGCUAAGCGAUUCUGAUACACCUGUGGUUGAAAAAUCUGAUUAUGAGAAGUUUUUCCUACCAUUCUAUGCUAAGGAUGGAGUUAAAGUCAGUAAUAAGUGGAAACUAGCAAAAGUUGAGCUGGAAGGUACCAAACGAAAAAUAGAUGAUGAAUUACUGAACAAUAAAGAUAAAAUAAAAAGUGAUGAACUUUUAAGUUGGUUAAAGUCUAGAAAAUUACCCAGAGGUCACAAAAUUAAGUAUAAGGCUGUUGAUGUUUUACAGCAAAUGACAUUGAAGGAGAAGACGGACGGCGAACUUCAAACUCUACUUGCACAAGUUCCGCAUAAAUAUAUAAAAUUUUAUGAAAAUGUGAGACCUCCGUUUAUUGGAACCUAUUCUGUGGAUUUUGCUUUACCAGCAAGUGAUCCUUUUUCUACGAAAGGCACCGGAUUCAAUUAUGAUUACGAUUCCGAUGUUGAAUGGGUUAAUGAAGAAGAAGAAGGCGAAGUCGACAACUUAGAAAGUGGUGAAGAAGAAGAGGAGGAGGAUGACGAAGACAUGCCUAGUGAAGGGGAGUUUGACGGAUUUCUAGACAGCGAAGAAAACGGUGACUUGGAUGGUCUACCCUGUGCCAAGAGAAAAUUUGUAGGCCCGUUGAUACCAACAAUAUGUUUAAAAUCCAAUUUUGAAAACUUAUCAGAGGAAAAUAAACGGUACCUACAGCAGAUUAAAGCCGAAGUUAUCAUAGAAGCCGACGGACCAAUUGAUCCUUUCAAAGAGCCCAGGACAUCACCUUUGCCAUCCAAAAGAAGUAAUUCGGACCUACAAGCACAAAACUCUAGUCAGUCUCAAAGUCCCGAAAAGAGACAAAAGGCAGUAAUUACAAACCCCAAGGACUUACUUCGGCUCUUUGAUGGGGUUCAAGACAGCACAUUUUCUUUGGGCACUGUGGCUGAAAUAGCACAGAAGAAUUUGCCACAAUACAACAAACAAACAAUUAAGAACACUAUAAAGGAGUAUGCCAUAAGAGGUUCGGGAAAGGGUGAUUUGCCCCGCAAAUGGGUAAUCAGAGAUAUGCAAAACUGGGAGAAUCUCCGAGCCAAUGCAAAUAUGCCAACUCUGUCUUUGUAA